UCUCUCUCUACUUCUUGUUCUUGGUCUUGCCAGUACAUACCCCAUAUAUGUUGACAUCCCCCGUAAAGAGUUUCGGACAGUCUCGUCGCGGUUCCCGUGAUACCCGCCAUUGAUUUGAAGAGCCCCAUAGAUCUGAGGAUUCGGGCGGCGGAGAGCCAAAAUCAGUGCGUUGAAGGCGCGGCGGAAAGAAGGACCCUGUAACUUGAAGUCGCUUCUGACCGGUGAAAAUGGUUAGACUUCUCAGCGCGGUACUCCGUAAAGAGUUGGCUAAUUUGGAUAAGGAUGCUGAUAGUCGUAAAUCUGCAAUGAAAGCGCUGGAGUCAUAUGUUAGUGACAUGGAUUCAAAGACUAUCCCGAUCUUCCUUGCACAAGUAUCGGAAACCAAAGAAAUUGGGUCUGUAUCAGGAGAGUACACAAUUUCUCUCUUUGAAGUUCUUGCCCGUGUCCAUGGGGUUAACAUUGUUCCACAGAUAGAUAGCAUCAUGUCUACCAUUGUCAAGACCUUAGCUUCAAGUGCAGGAUCAUUCCCUCUUCAACAGGCCUGCUCGAAAGUAGUUCCAGCAAUCGCAAGAUAUGGAAUUGACCCUACCACACCAGAAAACAAGAGAAGGCACGUAAUUCAUGCUUUGUGUAAGCCUCUUUCAGAAUCUCUCUUGGGUUCUCAGGAGAGUUUAACUUCUGGUGCUGCCCUGUGUCUAAAAGCCCUUGUGGACUCUGAUAAUUGGCGGUUUGCAUCAGACGAGAUGGUGAAUAGAGUCUGUCAAAAUGUCACCGUUGCUUUGGAGGAGAAAACUACUCAAACUAACUCGCAUAUGGGUCUUGUAAUGUCAUUGGCAAAGCAUAAUGCCCUCAUUGUUGAAGCCUAUGCAAGACUGUUAAUACAAUCGGGACUGCGGAUCUUGCAUACUGGAAUUUCCGAGGGGAAUUCUCAGAAACGAUUAUCCGCCAUUCAGAUGGUGAAUUUCCUGAUGAAGAGCUUAGAUCCUAGGAGCAUAUAUUCUGAGCUUGAUUUGAUCACUGAUGAGAUGGAAAAAUGUCAGUCCGAUCAGAUGGCUUUUGUUAGUGGAGCUGCAUUUGAAGCUUGGCAAACUGCUAGGAGAAUUGCUGCAGAGGAAGGUUUAAAAUCAGAGAGAGAGUCCAGUUCAGUCACUGGGUCAAAUUUUGGCAGAAGACAGCAUGGUCGGAGGAGAGGUUGCUGGGGCUCUGGUGGGCGGUCAUCUGCAUCGGCCUCGCCUGAUUCUCAGACCCUCAAUUCCUUCAGUGGAUGUGAUUCCCUCUUCGAGUCACCAGUUUCAUCAAGGCAGGUUUCCCCUGAUCUGGAUUAUACUUGUAGAAGUGCGAACAGGAAGUUAUGGAGGUUUGAGAAUGGAGGGGUAGAUGCGUCUCUGAAGGAUGGUUUGUUAUCUCAGUUGGCUCACAGGAGUGGUGUCUCCUACACAAAUUCUGAAUGUGUGAGCUACCGUGAGUCGGAUCAUAGAGGAGGAAAUUACAGUGAUGAAUUUGAAGAUUUCAUGCAGGGAAGUCUCUCUGAUGGAGCAGCAGGACACAGUCCAAUUUCAACUCCCCAGAGUUCACCCUACAAUCAUGGUUCUCCCUGUGAUGCAAACAAGGUCAAAGCACAUGAAAAUAUGGGUGUUGAACAGUUUCAAGGCGGAUCAGAGUCAGUAUUAUCAACUGUCCAUUCUUUAGGGUCUCAUGAUGUGAUCUCUAAAGAUGCAAGAUCACGUCAGAUGUACGACAUCACGAAGACUCUGAAGAGAACCUUUCUAGCAGUGAUGUUUGCCCUGUUUUUCAUAUUGCUUGCAUUUGGCCCUUCACUAUUCUGGAAAGAUGUUAACUUUGAGAUUGGCCGUCUUGUACCAACUUAGAUGUUUACCAGUUGCUUUUAGGAUAGUCAGAACAUUUUACAGGUACUCAACAUCUUGUAUUUUCUUUUUUUUCUAAUGAGCAGUAAGCCAAUCUUAUCAAGAUAGCA